CGCAUGAACGCUUUCAUUCCGCAUUCGAGCCAGCAGCAGACAAGUUGUGUGUUGAUCGCCCCAAAGUCGCAGAAAUCGCGUUAUCUUUUUCGCUUCCUUCCUCCCGCGCCGCUACCUAGUGGCCAUUGAUAAACCAGUGCGCGAAAUUCCGGAAGUGUUCCGUCGUCAGCGGUCAGCUCCCCGUCGAGAAUCGUAGUGUUCCGAGGUGUGUCCUUGGCCGGAGUUGCAGCGCAGGAAGGCAGAGGUGUUCCGGGUGCAAAAAUCAAUUACAUCAGAUUAGUGGGAAAGAAAUUUCCAGCACUUUUUUUUUCGCGAAUCUCCGUGUGUCCAUUUCGGUGCAGUUUUUCGGUGGUCAGUUUCUGGCCAAACCUGAGAGCAGCAAGCGCAGAGAGAGAUAAAAGUGACCAAAACAGAGUGGUGGUGGUCCCCCGGAAGAAGAGUCAGUCAGUUUUGUGCGCUGGCAGUUUUUUCGGUGCGAAAAGUUUGCCAAAAACGCAGUGUGACGAAGACGAAUCGAUCCGGAAGGUGUGAGGACAUCGCCUUGCAAUAAUACAUCUUUGAAAACGCAGCGUAGAUUCCCAGCGGGAGGUCCCGAUUCCAGAUUCGGCAGUGUUUGAUUAGGAAAAAGUGAAGAGUGGAUAUACUGAAAGAAAAAAAAAAGCUGUGAAAAGUUGCAAUCGUUGUUGUGUGGUGUGAUACGUCAGUGUGCAAGCGAUCCGAUAAGAGCAACAACAGGAAAAAAAAGCUAGAAGAAGCUGCCGCCACACAAAAGUUGGUGGUGUCGCUGCUCACUGUCUGUGUGAGCUGCAAAGAAAAAAGAGCCCGAGCCGCAAGUGCUCAGCGCUAGUGCCGCAAGGCAGUCUUUUCUCCGGGUGAACAGGUUCAGAAAAAGGCUUUCAAAAUUUCCAGCGGGAUGGCGUUCGCUGGUCUGAAGAAGCAGAUCAAUAAAGCGAAUCAGUAUGUCACGGAAAAAAUGGGUGGUGCCGAGGGCACCAAACUCGACCUGGACUUUAUGGAAAUGGAAAGAAAAACAGACGUCACCGUAGAACUGGUCGAAGAGUUGCAAGCAAAAACGAAAGAAUACUUGCAACCAAAUCCGACGGCCAGAGCGAAGAUGGCAGCGGUCAAAGGUAUUUCUAAAUUAUCAGGUCAAGCUAAAAGUAAUACUUAUCCACAACCAGAAGGUAUAUUGGCCGACUGUAUGCUGACAUACGGUAAAAAGCUCGGCGAAGACAGUAUCUUCGCAAAUGCCCUCGUUGAGAUGGGCGAUUCGCUCAAACAGAUGGCCGAUGUGAAGUACUCGCUUGACGAUAACAUCAAGCAGAACUUCCUCGAGCCACUGCACCAGCUGCAGACCAAGGACCUGAAGGAGGUUAUGCAUCAUCGUAAAAAAUUGCAAGGACGACGUCUUGAUUUCGAUUGCAAAAAGCGACGACAAGCAAAAGGAUCUCAAAUUACAGAUGAAGAAGUCCGGGGCGCUGAGGAAAAGUUUGCCGAAUCCUUACAGCUGGCACAGGUUGGAAUGUACAAUCUGUUGGAGAAUGAUGUAGAGCAGGUUUCACAGCUAGUCACAUUCGCCGAAGGACUGCUCGAUUUCCAUCAACAAUGUGCCGAUAUUCUGCGAGUACUGGUCGAGGUGUUGAAUGAAAAACGAGAGGAGGCCGCGGCCCGGCCCAAGUCGGAGUUCGUCCCGAAGACGCUGGCGGAUCUGAACAUCGAAACGCUCGGCUCCCAGGACGGCAUGAACGGUGGGACACCUUUCCUCUCUUCCCGUGGUAGGCUAAAGAAUUCCCAUCACCACAUGUACAGUUCCCAACAAAAUUUGUCCACCCACAACAACAACAACAACAACAACCACAAUUCCGGCCAGAGCAGCAACAACAACAACAAUAACAGUAACUUUAACCGCAACAAGCUGUACGGCUCCCAGCAGAGCCUGGCGUCCACCCGGAGUGGCGGCAGUGGCCUGGCUGGCAACACUGGCGGUGGCGGUGGUCCCAACGGGAAUAAUUCAUUUUUGCGACCACCCUCGUACGGGACGACGGUCAGCGGUGGGCAGCACGUGUCCACCGUGGAUAACUGGCUGAACGCGUGGGACCAACCGUCCCCGGUGAAACCCGCCGCCGCCGCCGCCAGUGCUGCCAGCAACAAGUUUAACAGCAACAGCAACAACAACGGCAAAGCCAGUGUGUAUAAUAAUAAUAGCCAGUACUACUCUUCUUCUACUACCACUACUACUACUACUAGCAGGGGGGCGGCCGGGGUCGGUGCCAAAUUUCCUAACAAGAGCAACUUCAGUGAUCCGUGGUCAGCGUCCCCCUUGCCAUCGCCGAUGAGGUCGCCCGCGCGGACCCCGAUGCCAGCGAAGCCGGCGCAGCCCUGCUGUACGGCGCUGUACGACUUCGAGCCGGAGAACCCCGGCGAGCUGGGCUUCAAGGAAAACGACGUCAUCACGCUGAUCCAGCGCGUGGACGAGAACUGGUUCGAGGGCAGCGUCAACGGCAGAACCGGCUACUUCCCGCAGUCGUACGUGCAGGUCACCGUUCCGUUCCCUUAAGCUGACUCCUACUCCUAAUCCUUCGUAUGUGCGUAUGAGAGCGUGCGUUAAUUUUAAUUUAGACAACCCGAGAGCAGAGAAACACACUGAAUAAAACACAAAAACACAGACAGAAACACACACAGGACACGCCCUCUUACUCUCUAAAAAGCUGGUAAUCGCCUCCGUUCUGAUAAUUACUGAAGAAAGCAAAGCAAAAACUAUUACUAUUAAAAAAAAACAGGAAGGCGGAUGAAGAAGCGCAACUACUAGGAAAAUCCGAAGGACUGCUGAUCUAGUUUAGCGUAGAGUGUUAGUAGACGCAAAACCGGGCAGAAUUAUGUUUUAUUCCCUUUCCUCUCCUCCAAACUAGAAUUUCCCCCCCUUCACACACUACUAGAAAGAAAGAGAAAGAGAGAGAUACGGCAAGAUAUCGAAACUAAAAAGUAUUUACACGCAAGAGAUUUACUAAACCGCGCGCGCUCUAUUCUGUCGAACUGGUUAUUCUUGUUUUUCUGUUGUUCCCUCUUCCACAGAACCCGCUCGUUGAAAGAAUUUAAAGAAAGAGAGAGAAUUUAAUUGCGUGAUGACAGUAGAACCGAAAUUACGAAACGAUUAGCAGAUUGAUCAAUUGCACGUGAAAGCGAGAGAGAAGAAAUUUAAAAAUCAACUAUACAUGUGUAAGGUGUUAAUUAUUAUCUACUAACUUCUAUACAUACUGAAAGAAACAAAAAAAAAUGUAGUUACGCGACGUAAUCGAGAUUGAUUGAAAGCGAGAUUGUUGUUGAUUGUUUUGAGCACGACCCCGUCGCACGUUAAAGUUCUGUUUUGGUCUUCUUCUGUCUCUGAAAGCAAGAAAAAAAAAGAGGUUAGCAUAAUUAAUUCAGUUGCGUUUGCGAGUCGGAUUUUUUAUUCAUAUUGAACAAAGACGCCCAAGGAAUUUCUCAACUCACAGUAAAAAUUGUGAAUGUGGAAGCUAAAAAAAAAUUGUAAAUUUACCUGUAAUUUUACAUACAUUUUAUGUAAAAUCAAAAUUACACGAAAAAAGAUGUAAAUUUUCAUUACUUUUAAAGCUUGACAUCUUUUUGCGUGUAAUUCAAAUUUCAAGUUGAAAUUCAUGUAAAUUUACAUAAAAGAUUCGGUAAAUUUACACGUUCCAUCCUUCAAACUACAUUUACAUUUUUACUGUGUAAUUCACACAUCGAGCAAUUAUUUGUUACACGCAAACAAAAUGGAAACCGAAGGUUUCCGCAGGGAAAAGAAUUUAGCAAACGAAACUUGCUGCAAGUUGACUGUGCACUGAUGAUGACUGUAAUUUUCACAAACACACACCACACAACUCUUUGUUUCUAAUUUUUCUUCACGCUGAUUUUUUCCUACUAAAAGUUCCAGCUCUCCGCUCCGGUGGGUUUCGUUCGCCAACUGCUUUGGCUUUAGCGUUUAGGGCCUAGGCGCGAUAUUAUUAAUUCGAGUUUCGAGAGUAUUACUCUGUGUAUAUAAUUUUAGAGCUUUUUGUUUUUAAAAUAAUAAUAAAAAAAAGCGGACGAACGCGUUGAGAUCAUUAUUUUCUUUUAUUUUUGUUUAAUUUUGAUUUUGAGAAAAUUCCCUUUUAGUUCGUAUCUUUAUUGUUUCAGUUAAGCGGAAUGACAAUUGAGCGCGAGAAUAGAAAAAAAGAGAGAGUAAACGCUGCUGCGAGAGUCCGCGCGUGAUUCGAAGAGAGAGACUUUAGAUAGGGUAUUUAAGGAUCAAAGUACAUUUCACUUCACCACCUCUACCACCACAAUUAAUCCACCAGCCGCGCCAGUGAAUUGUUUUAACCUUUUAAGUUUCAAUGCCGAAAAAAGAUGGUCAAGUAAAGUUAAGAAGUUUGCAUUUGAGUGGAAUGUCAGUGGAAAUCGAAAUUGCUAGCAUUGAACAGUUGAUUGUGUUGUGUGUAUGGGUGUGCUUCCAAACCACAACCCGCUGACCGGCAGCGAAAUUAUGGAAAAGUAUUGUUUUUAUCAGACUUGAAAUAUGCUGGUACAGCUUAUCUCAGUCUCGGGUAUAAGGCGGUGUUAGCCCUGACGUUGCUUCCAACGACACACCUCAGAAGGCCGAGGCCGUUGGGCAUAGUCUGACCCAAGAAGGAUCCUCGGUCUAUUUUUAGACUCCAAAACGGUGCAGAGAUCGACAUUAUUUUAAAAAGAAGAGAUGGCAUGAUUCAUCACUUCGGAUCAAUUCACUUUUACAUAGUAAAAAAAAGCAUGGCAAUAUUACAUCUGGAAAAGGGAUUGUGCACAUAAUGAAUGACAGAAAAAUGUAAUUUUACCUGUAAAAAUGUGUAAAUUCACCACUUUUUCAGUGUUUAGCCACUUGUUAUAAAUUUCAAGGGGUCCUACUCGGAUUUAACCUUGAAAGUUUGAUUGAUCUAUUAAAACAUAUUUCAUAAUUGAAUGAAAUCAAUUAUUUUCUUUAAUUGAUCAAAAUUUUGCUAAAUAUUUUAAACUUUUUGUACUUUGAAAAAAAAAAUACAAAAUCCAGCACACCAAGGUUUUUUUUAAUGUUGUCACAAAAAGGUGAUGAAACUACACAGCAAAAAAAGAUAGUAAUCCAGCUGCGUGUAAAAGGUCUGGGUGUAAAAUAAAUUUUGCAUUAUUUUAUGAAAUUUUAUGUAAUAUUACACUUUGAAAUGUGUAGCCCAUCAGUAUGGGAAACCUACUUGACCGAAAUGUCAAGCUCAUAUAUGCGUUUAUCCAUUCCAUUCUUCAUCGGUCUGAUGGCCCAGCGGGUUAAGACGCCAGUCCUUACUAUUGGUGGUGGGUUUGAAUCCUGUCGGUUGCAACUUUUUUUUUGUUAACAAAAAAUGUACAUGCUCUGUGUAAUAUUAAGAGUCCUUUUUGAAGAAGGUGAUGUGCAUGCUUCAAAAAUCAAAAAAUCAUUAAAGUAAUUAAAUGUUUGAGGCUCAAGAAGAAUAUUCAUGAUUCCAGGAAAAAAAUGCAACUGCUAAAUAAUAGCAGCUGUUUUGGUGAUUGAACGGCUCUUCUUGAGUAUUUUUGUAAUUAAAAAAAAGUUAUCACAAAAAGAUCGAAGUUCAAUUUUCCAGCAAAAUUUUAUAAGAAAAUGUUUAUAAAAAAAUCUUAUUUUUAUAAACAUUUUCUUAUAAAAUGUUGCUGGAAAAUUGAAUGAAAGCCGAAUACUUUCCCAUUUUUAUUCAUAAUGAAAUAAAAAUUCAUGAAGUACUCAGAACUUAAAAAAAAAUUGAAUCUAAGAUUUCAUUCCCCAGAAUUCUCCAGAAAGUCCCAGAAUUUGAAAUUUAACAUAUUUCAAAAACUAAAGCAUAUUUUUCACUUUGAACAAACGCAAAGGAUUUAAAAUUGAUUUUUAAAUCAAUUUAAAAAAAAAAACUUCGCGGCCCUUCUUGACAGAAUAGGUCUUACUUGACAGCUUGUUUCAUGGGGACCAUAGUUUCUGUCUCGUCAAUUUAAAUUAGCUUUGAAAUGAAAAAAAAAAAAUGAUUGUGAAUGAUUUUUAUUUGUGUUUUUACCGUUUGACAUAGAAAUUUACAUUGGGGCUUCAUGACCCUAUUGCUUAAAUUAUUUUAAAAUUUCAAACAACCUUGGUGGCUUUUGGUGCCGGAAUCCGUUGUCGAAAGUACCCAAAUGCAAAUGUUGGCACUUUUCAAGAAAAUUUCCAUGCAAAAUCCGAGUCUCAUGCUAACUAGUUUUGACAGCUUAUCUUAUCUAACAUACGAACAUAACCAAACUUUUCGGCACCCUCAGCAAACGUCAAAUCAAUAUUGUCCGUUUCUCUCAAAGGUACGGCGCGUACCGGCCGCGGCGCGCGCGGCAUUUCAGAAUAUGCCAUAGACAUGGUUGCCAGCGAUUUCCUGCACUUUUGGUGCAAUAAAAAAACAUACCUGGAAACAAUGCCAAGCGAUUCGAAGAAGAAGAUCAACAAAAACCAAACGCGCAGUAUAGGAUUUGACAGCGCCGCAUUUGCCGAAAGUGCGGCGCGUCGUUCCGAGGCUGGUUUGCCGCGUGUCUUUUUCGGGAAUACGCGCAAUACAAUUUGCAGCCGGAUCUUUUUUCUGAACUCUGCCGGAUAAAACGUCAAACCAUACCAAUUUGUUGCCGGAACUUUUCCGGAAAAGAUCCGGCAUCAAAUUUGCACUGAUUUGACGUUUGCUGAGGGUGCCGAAUUGUUGAAUUGUACAUAAAUAAAUGGCUGAUUGCUUUGUUUGGUCCAUUCGCGAACUAUAAAAGAUUGACAAACAGUUUGACAAAAUUUCUAAAUGACAGUUAAAGUCAGGCCGCAAACCGGAAUUGUGAAAGUUUUAAAUCUCCAACGAGUUUUCGGAUAUUUUUUAGAAAUGCGUUUUUUUUCUGGAUCAAGGUCUUCCACUGCUUUCAAGCGAUCACGAAGUGAGUUUGAUUUUUUCCGAUUAUCCCCGCAAACGUCAAACUAUUGGCACGAAGUGAUUUGUUUACCUUUUUUUCGGCACCCUCAGAAUAACGUCGAACCAUACAAUAUUGCUGCCGGAUCUUUUCCGGGAGAGAUCUGGGAAAAAGAUUCGGCAACAAUUAAUACUGAUUUGACGUUUGCUGAGAGUGCUGAAAAGUUUGGUUAUGUUACUGCUUGCAAAAGACAACACAAAAAUGCUGUCAGAUCUUUUCCGGAAGAGAUUAGGCAGCUAUUUUUUUACUGAUUUGACGUUUGCUGAGCGGAAAGUGAUGGGUCUCCUCGUUGCCAUUUCCGACACGGUCUUCUUUCGCUUGACGAAUAAAAUCGUCAUCGGAAGAAUCUUCCACGUAAUUUUUCAACGGAUUUUCGGAUAUUUUUCAGAAAUUCGUCCUCAAGACCAGCAAAUUGCUAGUGGUCUAAGGGAACCAACCACAACACUGCAGAUUUUGUUUUCGAAUGUGUCAAUUUUGGAUGCUGAUCUGUCAAUUGAGCCAAGAUGGUACACGAUAGGUGUGGAUGGUUGUUUACCUACUGAGAUUCAUACUUGAAAUAAAGUUCUUCCUGUUUUUUUUCAAACUAUUAAAUAGUUGCCCAAAACAAACAAUUCAUCACUAUUGAAAAUUGUUUUAAUCCGGGAAAUAUUUCAGGAUAAAAAACCGAUGUUCAAGAAUUUACAUUUUCAAUGACAUUCCACUCUAACAUCAAGAAGGAAUCAAAUUAAACAAUUUCUUCCAUUGAGUUUUACCAGGGCAAACCAAAUAAUAUAAAACAUUCUUAAGCUUGGCUUCUCCUUCCGAAAGGCCACCCAAAAAAAUGUCCGUUAGCAGCGAUCUUAAACUGGAGUAACCCCUAAGAAAUCUGAAAAAAAUCAAGCCUUUUAAAACGAACACACUGAUGGUGAGACACGAGAAAAUUAUAGUUAUUAGGUGUUUUGAAACAGAACAAACAAAAAUCUUCAUCUAUAUACAACAAAAAAGGGUAAAGUGUUUAAUCCUACAAUUCUUAAACCAUCUUCGUUCACAUUUAAAGACAAAGUCACACAUCCACACACACAAGCUCAUCAGCACACCGAAAAAAAAUCAGAGUCUUUACAACAGAUCACAUCGUAUAUACAUAUAUUUACUCUAUAUUACUAGUUGUAAAGGAAAUCAAGACAAACAUAAUGAGAAGAAUUAAAAAGCAAACAAAAAAUCGUCGUGAAGGCAAAAAAUGUAUUUCCAAACCCUUUCCUCUCCUGUUUGAGUGUUAUUGUUUCCAACCCUCACCGCAAACACGAAAAAACGAAAACGAAAAUAAGAAUCCAUUUUUCAACUUCAAACUCCGUUGUUUAAUAACUUUCUAACUGUUGUCUGUCCGUUUGAAAAAAUAAAAACAUUUAUCAGCUUGACAAAAAAAAAUCUAAUACUAUCCUUUCUCUAAAAGAAAAACUCUAACAUUCAAAACUCUUUAUUGUGAUCCGGGAAAAAAGCAACUAGUCGUUAACUUUGUGGACAAUGCAGAGGUCAUGUUUUUAACAAGAGACAGAAGGUAAAAAAUCGAAAAAGCCAACCAGUUAUAGAUGUUGUAUUCAAUUUCAAGCUAAAAAAACAAAGAGAAAAAAGAUGGCAGAUGCAUAAGUAAAACAGUGUUUCAAAAAAUCAUUCACACAGUCACACAAACAUACAAGACACACUCACAGCAAGAUGAAUCUCUAUAAAAAUUAGUUGUAAUAGUUGGUAAGUAAAAAACACAAACACAGAGAAAGGAGUUUAGAGCACACACACGCAACAAAGGUUGAAGAAUUCGAGACGAAAAGAAUCAGCAAACUUAUAAAAUACGAAAGAAUCAAAGUUAUACAAAAACAAAGCAAACUGACACAUUCAAGAUUAUUUUAAUAUUGAAUAAUCAAAUUUUCAAGUAGAUCCCACCUUGUUUUGAACAAAAUUUUAAACCAAAUCCCUUUCGAAAUUCGUUCGAUUGUUCUAUUUCGCGCGCCGGCACUCGCAAAACAAAGUAGGCGUUGAUCGUAGCUAGCACGCAGUCACCCACACAACAACAGAAAACACUCUCAUCACUAGGCAGUAGGCGCUGACGCACACGUAAACACACACAGAGAGUGGUAGCGGUGUGAGUGAGCGAAAGUUUAUUUUGUUUGUUGAACAAACCCCUUUUUAAAUUGAGUGCGUUGAUUUGUUUCAAACAAAAAACAAACAGGUUAUAUUGAUGCAAAUAAAAAAGAAAUCGCAGAAAAAAAACACUUGAAACGAAAGUUAAGGGACGUAGCAAUUAUACAAUAUUAAAAUAAAUUGAAAAUAUCCUAAAGGACAAUACAUAGAGUUAAAGAAAACAAAAAUAAGAUGAAAAAACUUUAAAUCUGAACGGAGAGACAGAACUAAAAAAAAUCACACAAAGAAGAAGACAAGAUCAGAACGGUGUAUGACAUAAUCAAUGAUCGGUGUGUAUCAAGUUAAAGCAAAACAGAAAAAAACGAUGAUACAAUUCAAGUCAAAUUUAAAAACCAAAAAAAAAACACUUUGUCAACUUCUGUGAACGAAACAAAACAACAAAUAACAACACAAGUCCAAACGAAAACACAUCACACUCUCUCACACUCACACACACAUAAGAAAAAAAAGUCACAAAUCGAUUUGUUGCAGCACAGUAUAAACAGAAAAAAAUAAAUUAACAAUGGUUACGAUGGCGUUAAAUCGGUGUAAGUGUGUUGAAAGGUGCGCCUGCGAAAUAAAUGAAACAAAAAAAAAACAAAAAAGAAUGUUAUACUAUAAGUGAAACAAUAGAGACAAGAUGAAA